AGCUGUAUAUACUUUAGGCGAUUGAUUCAUAUUCAACCCAACAUUACAUUAUCGCUAGCUAGUUUCUAUUCUCCUUUCUCUUCCACUACCACCACCGUCGUUUGUCGCUCUAUCUGCCCCCCGGUCAACAUAUCCCUCUCUCAGCACUUCGGAAAUCGGUGCAUUCAUAUCUACCCCAGGACAUGUUUACUAUCACUUGUUCAUCGCUCCAUUACUGGGCUGCUCCUCUUCCUCAUGCUAUUGUUCACCUGCGCGUUGCCAAAUGAUUUCUCACUCGCCUUCUUCUCCCAACGUUAGUUGCGACUUCUCAACGACUUUCUCGCUUCAUCCACCUCUUUGCCCAUGUAGACAGAAAGCAGGCCUGGUUCCAGGGCGGAAGUGCGCUUCCAACCGGAAGAUGAAAUGGCCAUUUCUUCGUGCUUGCAUCAAUAGCACCAAUCCCCACAAUUUCGCCUUGGACAUUCCGAGCUCGGCUCCUAGGGGUUCUGGGAAAAUUGUGAUUAAAAGGUUUUCCGGUGAUUUUGAUUCUUCUUGUGCUACUACCAGUGGAGGUAGCACCAAUUUUACGAGCUUCCAGGAGGACCCUAUUGUGGACAAGUUGAGGACCCAAUUAGGGGCUAUACAUCCAAUUCCUUCCCCGCCUAUUAACCGCAACAUUUUAGGGUUUUUUGCAUUCUUUUUCUUCGUGGGUGUGGUUUUUGAUAAGGUAUGGACUUCCCGUAAGAAGAAUUACAACAAGCUGGAUAAAACGGGUAUAUUGCCGCAGAUUCCCACAAACCUCUCGUCAUUUCUGGAGAAGGAUUUGCAGAGGAAGGAGUCAGUGGAGUGGGUAAACAUGGUGUUAGGGAAGCUCUGGAAAGUGUAUCAGGAUGGGAUUGAGAGCUGGAUUAUCGGCUCACUCCAGCCUGUUAUCGAUGAUCUAAAGAAGCCAGAUUACGUGGAGAGGCUAGAAAUUAAGCAGUUCUCUCUUGGGGCGGAGCCACUUUCUGUUAGGAGUGUUGACCGCAGAACAUCUCGUCGUGUCAAUGACUUGCAGUACCAAAUAGGCCUCCGGUAUACUGGUGGUGCCCGCAUGCUUUUGAUGCUGUAUCUAAAAUUUGGUAUCAUUCCUGUUGUUGUGCCAGUGGGUGUACGAAAUUUUGAUAUUGAUGGUGAACUUUGGGUUAAAUUGAGGUUAAUACCCACGGAACCUUGGGUGGGAGCUGUUUCUUGGGCUUUUGUUUCUCUUCCCAAGAUCAAGCUUGAUUUGUCUCCUUUUCGCUUGUUUAAUCUAAUGGCAAUUCCUGUUCUCUCAACGUUUUUGACAAAACUUUUAUCUGAGGACUUACCUCAUCUCUUUGUCCGCCCUAAGAAGAUUGUUUUGGAUUUACAAAAGGGAAAGGCAGUUCGGCCUGUUACAAAAGAUUCAAAUGUCUCAAAUGAAUCUAAGUCUGGUGAAAUACACGGGAACCGAGAUUUCGCAGGAGAACUAUCUGUUACUAUUGUAAAUGCCAAGAAUCUCUCAUAUAUUAUCUACGGUAAAACUGACCCAUAUGUUAUUCUUAGACUUGGAGAUCAAGUGAUACGCAGUAAAAGGAACAGUCAAACUACUGUUACUGGACCUCCUGGUGAACCUAUUUGGAAUCAGGAUUUUCAUAUGUUAGUUGCAGAUCCAAGUCGACAAAAUCUGUACGUUGAAGUGAAGGAUUCCCUUGGAUUUGCCGAUGUGACUGUGGGUAGAGGAGAGGUUAAUCUCGGCUCACUAAAAGAUACAGUACCUAAGGAUAAGGUUGUGAGCCUAGGAGGUUGGGGCUUAUUUAAUCAGCGGCCAGCUGGAGAAGUCUUACUGCGAUUGACAUAUAAGGAAUAUGUUGAUGAUGAAGAUGAUGAGAGGAGUGUGGUAAGAUCAAUGGGUGCAGAUGGAUCAGAUGAUGAUGAUGAGUUUUCUGACUCUGACCAAUUGGUGACUGUCUUUAAGAAGAAAAUGGGGGAUGAGUCUUAUCAUGAAAUGGAUAAAGGGUCACUUAUGGAUGUUCUUGCUGCUUUAAUUGUGAGUGAGGAAUUCUUAGGUAUAGUAUCAUCAUCUGAAACUAGUGGUGGUAUUGGAAAUUAUGCUGAUAAUGCUAGAGAUGAAGUACCAACAUCAAAAUCACGUAGUUCCACUCCCAGACUUCAACAGCAAAUUCCUGAAAGUAGCAGUGAAGGAUUUAUAGGUUCAGCAUUGUUUUGGCUCGCCGUAGUUACAAGUAUCUCAGUCCUUGUGGCUUGGAACAUUGGUGCUUCAAGCUUAUUUAAUCCUUGAUUGUUGGCAUUGCUCCUCUCAAUGAAAUGUGGGAGUCCGUCUGGCUGCAGAAGAAUUUCUGCAAGUACUGCUGAUUCUUUCAAAUGUUUCUAGUUGAGGCGUUGCAACUCUUUUCGGUGCAUAUAAUCGAGAUAAAGAUUCAUACCUAUACAAAAACACAACAUAUACACAUCUAUAUAUUAUAAUUCUUCUCCAGAAGUGAAGAAAAAGUAAUGAAAAUUAGAGUCAGAUUACAAUGGCAUUGAGGAACAUUGAUAUGCAGGGAUUUUUUGGCCUUUUGCUAAUUAUCGUAGGCUUAGAUAUGUUUUUUGUCCUUGCAAAUAUGACACAUUAAAAUUUAUCCUUUUGUAUUUUUUUUGAGUCCUUGUAAUUUUUUUGCUUUCAUCCUUGUAAUAUGUACUAUUUUGUUUUUAGUUCAUCUCUAAGGCUCUAACUUCAAAACCACUCUAUUUAGGAAAAAAUUAUUUUGAGUUGCAUAAAUUUACAUGAAACAUUU